AUGGCCGCAGCAAGCACCACAGUCCUCUACCCCAAGGGCACCGCCUUCAAGAUGGACUACUACCUAUCCACCCACAUGCCCCUCGUCUACAAGAACUGGUCGCCUUACGGCCUCAAGAGCUGGUCUGUCGUCGAGUUCCCCUCAGACGCCGAGUACUGCGUCCAAGCAUCGCUCGAAUGGGAGUCCGAGGCUGCUCGCGACAAGGCAUUGCAAUCUGAUACCGUGUCUACUGUCAUGGGCGAUGUGCCCAACUUUUCCGACAAGUCUCCGUUGUUGAUCAAUGGCAAGGUUACUGGUACUUCGUAA